GAGCUGCAAAUCCGGAGAGGGAAAGCAGUGUUUCGUCAAUGGAAGGCAUAAAGAGAAAUGGGUAGAAUUUCUCAUUAAUUUUGAAUAAAUAUAGUAGGCUAGACUACUUAUUACAAACGAAUAGUUGUUGUAUCACGCGCAAAGUAAUAAGACUUUAUAACCACGUUAUAAAAUAUAUCUUGGUGAGGUUUGAGUUUGCCAUUAUUCAGUUCAACGAUUAAUAAAUGAAUGGCUCUGAUAGUGACUGAUCGGAGGAGCAAAUUGAACGGGUCAUCGACAAUUUACGGUAGGAUUGGCACAAGAAGAGAAGGCAAGACCAGCAGAACCGGUAAAAUGCAGCCUAAAGACACGGAAUAUUCAACAGAUGGGUUACCCAAAGCAUUUUUACACAGUUUGAGGACACUCUUUGACAUCCUUGAUGACGGGAAGAGAGGGUAUGUGCACAUAUCGGAGAUUGAGAGUCGAUGGCAAGGGGCAGAUACUCAUGAUUUGCCCGGCGGGGUGCUGGAGUGCCUGAGGCGGGUGGCCCCACCGCAUGGUUGCCUGACAUUUGAGCGCUUCGUGGCGGGGUUGCGAUACUCGAUGCUGAACCCGGACAACAAUAACCAAAUAAAGGGCCCGUCUGCCGUGCACCCGGAACACCCGCACUCGAAACAGCACCAUCUGGCAGCGCAAAAACCAGCCCCGCUUUCUGCCUGCUCUGUCGGAACUCGGAUUGAAAACAAAGUUAUUCCACUGGAUCCGAGCAACGGGACCAAUAAAACGCAUCACAACCGCGCGUCCUCACUUCAGAGUCGGUCCAGGCACGAGGAGGAGAACACUGGAUACCCAGUCACCUCUGCCGCAGGUGGCCCCGUGCGGUACACCAAUGCGGGUUAUGAGAGAUCAGGCAGAAGUUUGGAACGGAUUCCCAUUGUGUUCGAAAGCGGUUCGUAUCGAGAAGAUUCGGUUCGAAUGGUGAAGCAAGCUCAUCCACAGCAGAAUCGGGUGAGGUCCAUAGAGUCCCUUGCGCUCGAGUCACCAAGCCUCCAAAAACCAAGUUUUGUGGAGGCUGGUUUGCCGAGGUCCCAGAGUGAAUCAGCCACAGGAUUCACUGCCUCCAGACGCCAUGGGCGGAGCCGGGAUGAGCAGAGACGCCACACUAUCACCAACGGAGUGGGUUACGGAAUGCUGAAGCAGAUGAAGGAGUUGGAACAGGAGAAGGACUCUCUGCUGGCUGGUCUGGACUUGGUGGAGCGGGCUAGAGAGUGGUACCAGAACCAGAUCCACAAUGUCACAGAGAGACAGAGACACGUGGGCCAGAGCAACCACUGCACGGAUUUCUUCACAGAAUCCCAGAAUCAAAGUCGCAUGGAUGUUCUGCUUCCCAAGCUGCAGGAAGCCAACCGCUGCCUUAAUGACCUCAUUUCCUGCUCUGGAAUGCAGUCUUUCCCAUUCUCUGGCACCCAACCCACAGCAAUCUCCUCCAGCUCCCAGCCUCCUGCCACUGCCCCACCACAAGCCAUUCAGAGACUGAAGGACCAGAACCGCCUUCUCACCCAGGAGGUGACUGAUAAGAGUGAGCGCAUCACUCAGCUGGAGCAGGAGAAGUGCGCUCUGAUCAAACAGCUGUUUGAGGCUCGCGCCCGGAGCACGCAUGACAGCAGCACCAUGGACUCCACCUUCAUCUGAAUACAGACACCAUAAUACAACUGUAGUGGUCUCCAGCUCUAUCUGACCCCCCACUCACAACAAGACAACUGUAGUGGUCUCCAGCUCUAUCUGACCCCCCACUCACAACAAGACAACUGUAGUGGUCUCCAGCUCUAUCUGACCCCCCACUCACAACAAGACAACUGUAGUGGUCUCCAGCUCUAUCUGACCCCCCACUCACAACAAGACAACUGUAGUGGUCUCCAGCUCUAUCUGACCCCCGGCUCACAACAAGACAACUGUAUCAGACUCAACUCACCACUCCUGGCAUGAUGAAAGCACCUUGAACUUUGACCCCCCACUUGACCACACCCUCUGGAUCUCCCCAACUGACAACUCCACUUAAAAUGGCCUGCACACUAAUCUGGGCCGACCCCUCCUAGAGGAGAGGGACCCCCGAGUCCACCGUCUUCUGAUACCUCACCCACUGGGCAGAAAGCCUGGAACACCAUAGUCUAACCAUUCCUAACUGGGACCUGCCCAGGAUUCUACUCCCCCUCGAAAUACUCCAUGGAUCUAUUGUGAUCCACUAGGAUCCUACCUUAUUUGACCAGACUUUCCAGACUUCCCUCCCAUCACAGUAUAAGCUAUGUGAUUGGACAUCAUGAACUAAAUCUCAAACCCCUACAUGGAGCUACUGGAUCCCUGACAAUCACAAUGACAACAGCUCCUGUACAAAUGCAUUGGAGGGAUUCCAUUGGACACACACUACACAAAAUGUAUUUAUUUUAUGAAACAUUUAUUCCAGAUACUUUGAUCUCAGUCAUACUUUGGUAGAUAUUUCUCCCCUUGUAUUCCAAUAUAUCCACUUGUGUAUCUCAAACCUAAUUGAAAUGGUUGGUAUGAUGAGAAGCUGGGCUCUCCUGACCUGGAGGAGCUUACUGGUUUCUAGAGAGCUUUUCCCAUCCCUGGGCGCCGAAGACGUGAAUGUCGAUUAAGGCAGCCCCCCGCACCUCUCUGAUUCAGAGGGGUUGGGUUAAAUGCGGAAGACACAUUUCAGUUGAAUACAUUCAGUUGGAGAACUGACUAGGUAUCCCCCUUUCCCUAAGGAGGACAACAUGACUGUAUAGUAUCUCAUUUACUGUUUGUCACUCUUUGUACCCUUAAGUGAGCCAAAUACACAUGAUGUGAAGCACUAGUAUAUAUAGUCUAUUAAAUACUGGGUGGUUUAAACCCUGAAUGCUGAUUGGCUGACAGCUAUGGUAUAUCAGACCGUAUACCACGGGUAUGACAAAACAUUUAUUUGUACUGCUCUAAUUACGUUGGUAACCAGUUUAUAAUAGCAAUAAGACACCUCGGGGGUUGGUGGGGGGUUGGUGGUAUAUGGCCAAUAUACCAAGGCUAAGGGCUAUAUCCAGACAUGCUUUGCAUCGUGCGUAAGAACAGCCCUUAGCCGUGGUAUAUUGGCCAUAUACCACACCCCCUCGGGCCUUAUUGCUUAAUUACCCAUCAUCUUAAGAGUAUAACAGAAGCGCAGCAUGUAACUGUUGUUUUGUUUCCCUUAAAGGGAAUGUAUUGAGAGCACUAGAAAAGUGACACAUAUCCUACAAGCCAAGGAGACCUAGUAGAGGAGAGGGUAGUAGAGAAGUUUGCACGUAGAAGAGACUUGAAGAUGAGAAGGAUUGGUAUUUUCUGAAUGUGUUUGAGCCCUGGUCCCUGGUGGCAGAGGGACCACUGGAACGGGACAGGGUUCAGAGAAGAGUAAUGUUGGAUUGGCUAGUGGGAAAAAACGAGUCCUCCUUGGUUGAUAGACUUCAAAUGUAAUGUAAUGUGCUGUAAUGAUUCAUGCGAGACUGGCUUUAUAGUGCCACUUCCUCUCUGCCUUCCUACAGAGGUGUCUCAGAGCCUUUGUGUCAAAAAUAAGUAAUGCCAUGUUAGUACAGGAUGAACAGAAUGUGCUUUGUGAGACCUGGUUCGCUGAGAGGUUAAAACCAAGCAUAGGUACUGCUGCUCUUUCAAUGCUGUGCUCAUAAUGAUCCCACCGAACCAGAAUCUAAACCAGUGGCCUCAUAAACCACAUAGUCAACUGGGCCCAUUCAGUCUUGAAUCCUCUUAGAUUUCUAAUUGAGAAGAUGUUUUUUAGUGGCAGUAAUUGCUAUUUAACGCAACUAUGUAAUGAUUUUGCAAUGCAACUCUUAUUAGGUACUGUUGUGAAGUCUGCAUAUAAAUACUCUCUGCUGUGACUGACUGCC